AUGUCUGAUGGCCGCACUGAACGAGACUACGACUCAAAGCGUGGCCAUUCUAAUGUGCGCAAUGCCCGCCACGAUUGGCCACUCAACUACAUCCUCUUACACUGUCCUAAAUCCCACGAGAAGGCAGCUGAGUUUGUGCGAUCAGUCAUCGUAAACUGUAGCAUCAACGGACCGAGGCCCAGUAACCUACCCAUACUCGCGCGUCUCAAUGUCAUCAACGCGUUGGCUAUCAACGCCCUGAAACUGAACUUUCCGUUCGAGAAGAUGUAUCACGAUGAAUGCAUUUCUCCAUUCAACUUACAGGGUCCGAGACCCCAAGACGCCGCCACCUUGUUGUUAUCCGUGCCAGAUGGGCUUCGCCCAACUGCGCUGCAAACAACUAUUCAGCACCAUCCCUGGAUCGAUCUUUUCCCAAUUCCUGUCAUGAGAGAUAAUAUUCUUCGAGGAAUCGAAGCGGGUAUAAUCAAUAAGGAAGAGUUAUGUGGCGAUAUGAUGAGAGUCGAGGAUGCAGAUGAUGCGGUGGCGCCUUUUGCUGUCUGGGGAGAGGCUUGGGAUGUCAAGGGCUGGGAGAUAAGUACUGCAUUUUUAGGAAAAUGGGGUUGGCUGGUGCAGGGCUGCCCUGAAGUUCUAGAGGCAACUAAGUUCUGGAGAGAACGGCGAGGACGGACUAAGUAA